UGUCGCUGGCCCUUUAAGGGAUGUUUUGACUCCACACGUGCUUGCCUUAUAUGGCAGCAGCAUCAAACGGUGACCGUUAGUUACCUCUGCUGCUCUCCUCUGCUCCGCUCCGCAUCGAGCAGCGCUAUAAAAGCCUGCUGGAGGAAAAAAAAAGUGUUUGUCAGACACUGAGACUCAGAACAGAAGAGGACCGUGAAGGAGUACACUUUAUUUAUCUUCUUCCGGACGGGGGGCUCGUUUUUGGAAAAGAGAAAGAGUGGAGAAUCACAACGUUCAGGAUAAAGUGAGGAGCUGGAGCGUGCUCAGUGAGGUUGGGAAGACGUCAACAUGGCUGUCUCCACUCAGCUGGGUUUACUGCUUUGGAAGAACUUCACAUACAGACGGAGACAAACAAUCCAGUUGCUGAUCGAGAUCAUCUGGCCCCUUUUUAUCUUCUUCAUCCUGAUCUCUGUCCGGAUUCACUAUCCACCCUACGAGCAACAUGAAUGCCACUUCCCCAACAAGGCCAUGCCCUCGGCGGGCACCCUGCCCUGGGUACAAGGCAUCAUCUGCAACGCCAACAACCCCUGCUUCCGUAACCCUACACCUGGAGAGAGUCCUGGUGUGGUGGGAAACUUCAACGACUCCAUAAUCUCCCGGCUGCUCAUUGAUGCCAAGAAAAUCCUGCUGUACUCUCAGAAUGAUAAAAGCUACGAGGGCUACAAAGGACUGCUGAGGGCUCUCCGGAAGCUGCAGAAGAACACUGCCCGUUUCAAGCUAAAAGAUUUUCUCCGGGACAAUGAGACCCUCUCCCACUUCCUGCACCACAACGCCUCUCUUCCUCGUCACGCGCUGAAGCAGAUCGUGGAGGCUGACGUGAAUCUGGAGAAGGUCCUGACUAAAGGGUUCGGCUUCCACCUCCGAGACCUCUGUAACGCCACCCCUCUGGAGGAGUUCGUCCACAUAGCUGACAGCAACGUGUCCCGCCUGACUCAAGACAUCAUCUGCAAGUCCUCCAGUGAUUGGCUGGACCAAGCACAGAGCCACUUCCUGUCCAACCUUGACUUUCUCAAACCAGUUCGGAAAGAUGUAAGGGCCGACCCCAAAGUGGUCCAGGAGGUCUCAGCUGCCACCGACAAUCUUCUGCAGAAUAUGGGAGCACUGGCCGUGGAGCUUGCCAGCAUGAAAAGUUGGAAGGAUAUGCGUAAGGAGAUCCUGUACCUGACCGCAAACGCCACAGGCUCCCCGAACCAGAUGUACCAGGCUGUGUCACGUAUCGUGUGCGGACACCCGGAGGGAGGUGGACUCAAAAUCAAGUCUCUCAACUGGUACGAAGACAACAACUACAAGGCCUUGUUUGGAAAUCAUGGCAACAGCAGCGACAGUGAACCUCUCUCUGCGUACGACAACUCCUCAACACCUUAUUGUAACAGCAUGAUGAGGAACCUGGAGUCCAGCCCCAUUUCAAGGAUGAUCUGGAGAGCCUUGAAGCCUCUGCUCAUGGGGAAGAUCCUGUACACCCCUGAUACCCCUGCAACACAGAGAAUCAUCCACGAGGUGAAUAAGACCUUCCAGGAGCUCGGCGUGCUCAGGGACCUAGGAGGGAUGUGGGAGGAGAUGAGACCCAAAAUCUGGACCUUCAUGGAGCACAGUGAGGAAAUGGAUUUGGUCAGGACUUUACUUCAGAACAACGCCAGCGCCGCCUUCUUCAACGCCCAGCUCAGUGGGACUGACUGGAAAGUGUCAGAUGUGUCCAACUUUCUGUCCAAGGUCUCAGAGGACCAAAGGCCGGCAGGAUCGGCCUACACGUGGAGGGAAGUGUUCAACGAGACCGAUCAGGCCAUACAGACCAUCUCUCGCUUCAUGGAGUGUGUGAACCUGGACAAGCUGGAGCCCGUAGCCGAUGAGGAGCGGCUCGUCAACAAGUCCAUGGGUCUGUUGGACAACCAGAAGUUCUGGGCUGGGAUUGUGUUUCCUGACAUCGCGCGCACUAACAGCACCGACCUUCCUCCCAACGUCAACUACAAGAUCCGCAUGGACAUCGACAACGUGGAGAGGACCAACAAGAUCAAGGACGGCUAUUGGGACCCUGGUCCCAGGGCAGACCCCUUUGAGGACCUUCGAUACAUCUGGGGCGGAUUCUCUUACCUGCAGGACGUCAUCGAGCACGGCAUCAUCAGAGCCGUCACCGGGAGCAAAGAGAAGACAGGCAUCUACAUCCAGCAGAUGCCUUACCCCUGUUAUGUGGAUGACAUCUUCCUGCGCGUGAUGAGCCGCUCCAUGCCACUCUUCAUGACCCUGGCGUGGAUGUACUCGGUCGCCAUCAUCAUAAAGGGCGUCGUGUACGAGAAGGAGGCGCGUCUGAAGGAGACGAUGAGGAUAAUGGGACUGAACAACGGCACCCUCUGGCUCAGCUGGUUCAUCAGCAGCUUGAUCCCUCUGCUCAUCAGCGCCGGCUUGUUGGUGAUGUUAUUAAAGAUGGGGAACCUUCUCCCGUACAGUGACCCAGGAGUGGUGUUCCUCUUCCUGGGCUCCUUCGGGGUCGUCACCAUCAUGCAGUGUUUCCUCAUCAGCACCAUGUUCUCUCGUGCCAACCUGGCUGCAGCCUGCGGCGGCAUUAUCUACUUCACCCUCUACCUGCCGUAUGUGCUGUGUGUGGCCUGGCAGGACUACGUGGGCUUUGGAGCUAAAGUGUUGGUGAGCCUGCUGUCUCCUGUGGCUUUCGGUUUCGGAUGCGAGUACUUCGCCUUGUUUGAGGAGCAGGGGGUCGGGAUCCAGUGGUCCAACCUGCUGGCGAGCCCUCUGGAGGAGGACAGCUACAACCUGACCACGUCUAUCUGCCUCAUGCUGUUUGACGCCGUGCUGUACGGAAUAAUGACCUGGUACAUCGAAGCUGUCUUCCCUGGUCAGUACGGGAUCCCCAGGCCCUGGUAUUUCCCUUUCACCAGGACUUACUGGUGCGGAGAGAAGGAGAACUUCAACCUCUCCACACCUCUGUCCAAGAAGGGCAACGCUGACGCUGUGUGCAUCGAGGAGGAGCCCAGCCACAUCGAGCCAGGAGUCUACAUCGAGAACCUGGUGAAGGUCUACAGCCAUGGAAACAAGCUUGCAGUGGACGGACUGUCCCUGAGGUUCUACAACGGACAGAUCACCUCCUUCCUGGGCCACAACGGAGCCGGCAAGACCACAACGAUGUCAAUCCUGACUGGCUUGUUCCCACCCACCUCUGGAACCGCCUACAUCCUCGGCAAAGACAUCCGCACUGAGCUCAGCACCAUCCGGCAGAACCUGGGCGUCUGUCCCCAACACAACGUCCUUUUCAGCAUGCUGACAGUCGAGGAACACAUUUGGUUCUACGCCCGUCUGAAGGGUCUGCCCGAGGAGAAGGUGAAGGCUGAGAUGGAGCAGAUUGUGAACGAUGUCGGACUGCCUCACAAGCGAACGUCCCGUACGAGCACGCUGUCUGGAGGGAUGCAGAGGAAGCUUUCAGUGGCUUUGGCUUUUGUCGGCGGCUCAAAGGUCGUGAUCCUGGAUGAACCGACUGCUGGGGUUGAUCCUUAUGCACGCAGAGGGAUCUGGGACCUCCUGCUCAAAUACAGACAAGGCCGCACCAUCAUCCUGUCCACUCACCACAUGGACGAGGCCGACAUCCUCGGUGACCGCAUCGCCAUCAUUUCCCACGGUAAGCUGUGCUGCGUGGGCUCCUCGCUCUUCCUGAAGACUCAGCUGGGAACAGGCUACUACCUGACCCUCGUCAAGAGAGACUACGACCUGACGCUUCAGUCCUGCAGGAACUCUGCCAGCACCGUGUCCUACUGCAAGAAGGCCGAGAAGGAGGACAGUGUGUCCGAGAGCAGCUCGGAUGCAGGACUAGGCAGCGAACCAGAGAGUGAAACCACCACUAUCGACGUGUCCCUCAUCUCCAACGUGAUUUUCAAGCACGUCUCUGAGGCUCGCCUGGUUGAGGAUCUCGGUCAUGAGAUCACGUACAUCUUGCCCUACCAGUCCGCUAAAGACGGAGCCUUUGUUGAGCUCUUCCACGAGCUGGACGACAGACUCACCGACCUUGGAAUCUCUAGUUACGGAAUAUCUGACACCACGUUGGAAGAGAUCUUCCUGAAAGUGGCUGAGGACAGUGGAGUCGAUGCAGUUGAGCUUUCAGAUGGAGUCGUGCCCACCAGGACUCGUCGCCAUCACGCCUUUGGAGACCACCAGAGCUGCCUGAAGCCCUUCACCGAAGACGACUUUGACUUCAAUGACUCUGAAGAAUCUCGUGAGACGGACUGGCUCAGUGGAACAGAUGGCAAAGGUUCAUUUCAGGUCAAAGGCUGGAGUCUGAAGAGGCAGCAGUUUGUCGCACUUCUCUGGAAACGAUUCCUCUACGCCCGGCGCUCCAGGAAAGGAUUCUUCGCUCAGAUCGUUCUCCCGGCUGUGUUCGUGUGCAUCGCUCUGGUGUUCAGUCUCAUCGUUCCUCCUUUUGGAAAGUACCCAAGUCUGGCUCUGGACCCCGGCAUGUACGGAGAACAGUUUAACUUCAUCAGUAACGACCUUCCUGAAGACCCUCACAUCAACAAACUACUAGGAGCUCUCACAAAUCAUCCAGGAUUCGGAACCCGCUGCAUGGAAGGAGAGCCCACACCGGACACUCCCUGUACGGUGUUAGAGGACGAAUGGUCCAUCCCUGAAGUCUCUGAAAGUGUGCAGGACCUGUUCGACAGAGGAAACUGGUCCAUGGAAGAUCCGUCCCCCCUGUGCGAGUGCAGCUGUGAGGGACGCAAGAGGAUGUUGCCAGAGUGUCCGGCGGGUGCUGGGGGACUUCCUCCACCGCAGAUGAAGAUCAGCGAGAAAGAUACUCUUCAGAAUCUGACCGGCAGAAACAUCUCAGACUACCUGGUUAAGACCUACGCUCAGAUCAUCGGCAAGAGUUUGAAGAACAAGAUCUGGGUCAACGAGUUCAGAUACGGCGGCUUCUCGCUCGGCGCCAGGAGUUCUCAGCUUCUGUCCCACACGGACAAUAUCGACGACGCAAUCGCUCAGCUGAGGAGACGCUUCCGUCUGGAGAGAGGAACGGCUGCAGAUCGUUUCUUCCACAGUCUCUCCAACUUUAUCCAAGGACUGGACACCAAGAACAACGUCAAGAUCUGGUUCAACAACAAAGGCUGGCACAGCAUCGGCUCUUUCCUCAACGUGAUGAACAACGGCAUCCUGCGGGCGAGCCUGAAAGGUGGCAAAGACCCGGCCAAGUUCGGCAUCACGGCCUUCAAUCACCCGCUCAACCUGACCAAGGAGCAGCUGUCACAAGUCGCGCUGAUGACAACAUCAGUCGAUGUGCUAGUUUCCAUCUGCGUGAUCUUCGCCAUGUCCUUCGUCCCCGCCAGUUUUGUGGUCUUCCUCAUCCAAGAGAGAGUGAACAAGGCCAAGCACAUGCAGUUCAUCAGCGGCGUGCAGCCUUUCCUCUACUGGCUCGCCAACUUUGUCUGGGAUAUGUGUAACUACAUCGUCCCUGCCACGCUCGUCAUCAUCAUCUUUAUGUGUUUCCAACAAGACGCCUACGUCUCCUCCACCAACCUGCCCGUCCUGGCCCUGCUGCUGCUGCUCUACGGCUGGUCCAUCACUCCUCUGAUGUACCCGGCCUCAUUCUUCUUCAAGAUCCCCAGCACGGCCUACGUGGUCCUGACCAGCGUCAACAUACUGAUAGGAAUCAACGGGAGCGUCUCCACCUUCGUCCUGGAGCUCUUUGGAAGCAAUGAAAUUGGUGGCAUCAACGACAUCUUGAAAAACGUGUUCCUCAUCUUCCCUCACUUCUGUCUGGGUCGAGGUUUGAUCGACAUGGUGAAGAACCAGGCCAUGGCUGACGCUUUGGAGAGAUUUGGUGAAAACCGGUUCCGCUCCCCUCUGGCGUGGGACAUGGUGGGGAAAAACCUGUUCGCAAUGGCGAUAGAGGGAGUGAUCUUCUUCACCAUCACAGUCCUCAUCCAGUACCGCUUCUGCAUCAAGGCCAGGUCGUCCACCAGUCACCUGAAGCCCAUUGGAGAAGAAGACGAAGACGUGGCCAGAGAGCGGCAGAGGAUCCUGAGCGGAGGGGGACAGACGGACAUCCUGGAGCUCAGGCAGCUCACCAAGAUCUACAAGAGGAAACAGAAGCCAGCAGUGGACAGGCUGUGUGUGGGCAUCCCCCCCGGAGAGUGCUUUGGUUUGCUGGGAGUGAACGGCGCAGGGAAAACCAGCACCUUUAAAAUGCUGACAGGAGACUCUUUGGUCACCAACGGAGAGGCUUACCUCGCCGGCAAGAGUGUGAACACAGAAAUAGACGAGGUGCAUCAGAACAUGGGUUACUGCCCUCAGUUUGACGCCAUCAACGACCUGCUGACGGGCAGAGAACACCUCGAGUUUUACGCCAUCCUGAGAGGAGUACCGGAGAAGGAAGUCUGUGAGGUGGCAGAGUGGGGCAUCAGGAAGCUGGGCUUGGUCAAAUAUGUGGACAAAUCAGCGGGCAGCUACAGCGGAGGCAACAUGAGGAAACUCUCCACCGCCAUCGCUCUGAUCGGAGGACCUCCUGUGGUCUUUCUGGAUGAGCCCACAACAGGCAUGGACCCAAAAGCACGACGGGCUCUGUGGAACGCCAUCCUGAGCAUCAUCAAAGAGGGACGGUCUGUGGUCCUGACCUCUCACAGCAUGGAGGAGUGUGAAGCUCUCUGCACCAGGAUGGCCAUCAUGGUCAACGGCAGGUUCCGCUGUUUGGGCAGCGUGCAGCAUCUCAAAAACAGAUUCGGCGAUGGUUACACAAUCAUCCUGCGGGUGGCGGGUCCAGACCCUGACCUCCGGCCAGUGAUGGAGUUCAUCGAGCGGGAGCUUCCUGGCAGCACGUUGAAAGAAAAACAUCGCAACAUGCUGCAGUAUCAGCUGCCCUCCUCCCUCACCUCCCUCGCCCGCAUCUUUUCCCUGCUCUCCACGAACAAGGAGACGCUCAGCAUAGAGGACUACUCCGUCUCCCAGACUACUCUAGACCAAGUGUUUGUAAACUUUGCCAAGGACCAAAGUGACGAGGACCAUUUGAAAGACGUCCACCUGAACAAGAGGGACGCUGUGGUAGUGGACAUUUCCAAGCUGAACUCUUUCCUAACGGAUGACAAGACCAGAGAGAGCUGUGUCUGACUCCACCAUCAGUGGGAGUUGUGAUGCCUCCCUCAUCCUCCGCCCCACACACCCUGAAAACAUGGACCACUAACCCUCGGGGGGAGGGAAACAGACUCUGUUGACUUUUUUUAAUUCUAUUUUUUAGUCUUUUUUAAUUAUCAUUGUUCAGUGGACCUGCACUUCAGCGCACAGCCUCUUACAAAGGCAGACACUGCAGGGUUCAUGACAACCACUGAAACAAUGAGAACUCAAUGCAAAUCAAUGCAAGAAAUAUAAAUAAAUAUAUUUAAGAUGAGGAGAUAUUCCAGUGAAGGGAGGAGCCCGGUGCUUCUCCUUCACUAGACGGAUGGAAAGAAGGAAAGACUCAGACACUUGAAGCAGCAGGAUUAUAAUCCUGUGUUGGACUGGAACGCUCGCAGCUCUGCGACUCGAGGAAGAGCGGAGUCGUUCGAAGGAAAUAUCUCUGAGCCCUGCGGUCCUAAAAGUAGUCCGCAGUAGUCGGUGGGACGUGUUUGUGCUACUUUCACAACAGCAAAAAAAAAGCUUUGUUCAUUCACUGCCAACGACUAAAACAAGGACAGACUACUUUUCUAUCAGACGACGUUGUUCUCUAUUGGUUACCCAGAGCAGUUAUUUUGUAAAACAAAUGCUGGUUUAAAAAAGAAGUAUUUACAAUCCUAUUGAUUUCAACACAAAGAGAAAUCAAACAAAUAUCCUUUUUUACUAAUUUGUUGUUUUUUAAAGACCGUUUGAUUCUAAUAGACCUAAUAACAAGUUUUAUUUCUGUCUUAUUUUGGUUGGAAACAGUCGAGUUAGAGACUGAUGACAAAGUUGUCUUUUUUUUAUUCGUGGUUCUCAGUGUCCGUGACAUUGUCCAGCACAGUGCCUACACUGGUGGAGAGAGAAAUCUGAGCACUCCAAUAAUAAACAACAAUGUUUGUGGGCUGCUAAGGAAUGUACACGACCGAUACCGUCAUGCAUCAAAGCACAAAAGAGGAGCUUUCUGCGGAGACGAUGGAUGAAGUUUGUCUUUAAAAUGUGUCAAAACAAACAAACACACUCGAUGUCUGUACACGACGGCGCAGCCCGCCCCGUCCUCUUUACAAGGAACUGAAGGAUUAUCAGGAAGGAUGCAAGGUGACCCAUCCAAACUGGCCGGAGUGACGUCAGCGGAGAAGAUUAUUGACUGGGCUUUUGAAAGAUGGAAAUAUAUGUUGCAUGCUUUCCACUGGCCUGCACACCUGGACUAUCAGCACUUCUGUGUGUGUGUGCAGGAGCAUGCUGUCAGAUCAGCUUGUAAAGGUCUGGAGGAGACUGAAUUGUGCUUUAUUGUUGGAUUACUGACGCAUAAGCGGAGUCUAAAUCUAUAUUCUGUUGUAAAAAUAGCAAAAAGCUCUUUGAAAAUGUGAGUUUGGAGAAGAGAGAGAAUCAAAAGGAAAUGUUUCUUGGAGCUGGGAGUGCGAAGGAGGAAGUUUAACAGCUUCUCUGCUCGUGUGGGGUUCGAGGUUGUUGCUUUUCCACAUGCAUUUGCUUUCUAUGCGAGAGUUUCAGAGACCUGAGCCAUCACUGAUGUGGAUAUUAUGUACAGUAGCAGUUUUGUGAUGUCGAGUCAGAAAAAAAAAACGUUACCAGUGGAGUGAACAAACAUUAUCUGUGCCAAAAGAAGCUGAAUAUGUAUUGUCGAUCAACCAGCAUAAUCUGGAGGAGGCAACUGUUUUGUAAAGUUAACAAUGUGCUUUGAUAUUGGUUCUUUAUCCACCAGCUCACUCAGACAUCCUCCUCUAAAAACAGAAAGCACAUUUAAGUUCAAUCUGUGCGUUCAAGUUCUUUUUUUUAUCCUCUGGUGAAGUUGCCAAAUUCCAAACUUCCAAGCUGCCACACAAAAGUUUACUGUCGCGUCAGUAACUCAAAUUUUAGACGUGAAGUUUAAAACUUUGUGCUAAAAUAUGUUUCCAGAGUUAGUUCAGAGGCCAGACUAAUCCUACCCAGGGACCACACCGACUCAGAGUUGUGCUUGUAAUGCUUUAUAGUCCAAAAACUGUACCCAGGUUUUUUAACAGUGACACACAGUCACUACGGGUGCUUUGUGUCAUGUCAAAUCUUCGAGGGGGGUCCGUUAUCUGUGGAUCCGACCUCUGCAGAGAGGCGUCACACGACCUCUCUGCUAAACGUGAGCACUUUAGAGACGUCAAACAUGUCAAAGUAGGGAUUUCAGACAUUAGAUAUUUAAACACAAAUCUCUGCACUGGAACACAGAAACAAUCCACGCUACAGGAAGCUACACCUCUGCGUUACGGCGUCUUGAAAAUGAGAACAAAGGCGUUCUUGUGGUCGAGGGAAGAAAAUAGAGAGAAAGCAGAGUCCGCAGUGAGAUAGAGAGAAACACAGGACGAGUGUAAGGUGGUGACAUUUCUCUUCUCGUGCUCAAUAUUAUUUGUUUACAUGUUUUUUAAGUAUUAAACAGCUGUUUGAGUCUGUUA